AGCCUCCACCAGCGUCCGACAGUCCACCCAGCCUUCUUCUUCACACUCCCACAAUUCGCUUUGUUCGUCAUACGACCUUCUUUCUUUACUCUCUGUCCACGUUUUCUUGCAGGUCACUCGACCGUCAAUCUCUCUUCAUUCCACCCAGUGGGUUAUCAUGACCGCUCCUCUCUCGCUAUCCAUGUUGCAACGGAUUCCCCGGUCCCUCUCUGCACCAUGACUGCUCACACAGCGUAUCCAAUACUACUACCACUCGACUUCAAACAUCAGCACCACGCGCCGCCUAAAAGGCCUUUUCUCCCAUACCUAUACAGUGCGACGUGGCUUCAUCAUGCUGAACCCAACCCGAAAGGUGUUCAACUGCAUCGUCGACGACAGCGCCCUAGCCUCCGGGCUCCGGAAGAAUACACGUGAUGGUAUCCGGAAAUGGGUGAGCGCAGGUGCAAUAAGGCUAUUUGUCCCGCUUCACACCCUGGAGCAACUGAAACUACUGAAGAACAUCAACGGCCGCAUAGGCUCCGAUGCGCGCGAAGCGAUCAACUGGCUCGACGAGAUUACCUCGCUGCCGAACUCGGGCGUCUACUUGCAGGAGCCGGACCAGGCAUACAGUACUUGGGAAGAGGUGGAGGACUUUAUGCUCCCGGAGACGCUGCUGUCGGAGAGGCACGCAGAGCACGACGAACCAGAUGUCCUGGCUGGGGACUUUGAGCAGUCCCUGGGCUUGCAUGCUGCGCACGAAGAGUCCGACCAGGCUUCGCUGAACUCCAGCCAGAGCUUCGAGCGUCGGCCGCUGACGCCCUGCUCGCCCAGUUCCUUGUCUCCCGGCACGAGCCCCAGAAAACUGGCACGAAGUCCAAAGAAAGCGGCGGUAGAGGGCGACAGGAAGAAUGUGUCUGACUAUACUGCGAGAAACAGCCUGGAUGGGGUUGCGGUUGCAGACGUCGAGGAAAAUGGCGCACCACGCAUGUUGCGGCCGCUGUUCAACCACUCCGUGUGGCUGAUCAACCAGGAGCCAAACUCCGAAACGGCGCUCCAGAAUUUUAUUCUUUUGACCAACGACAUGAAGAAACAAGCCGUUGCCUCCAAAUUCGGCAUACGGGCCCGUCGUCUCGAAGAGCUCCGUGACAUCAUCGGCCGUGAAGACCGCGACCUAAAGAACCGCGUCCAGCUGUUCAAGAAAGAAAGCAAGGAACUAUACUCGCCCCCGGGCGCGUUGCUCAAUCGUACCCCUGUUGGUCCAAAGAAAUCCCGCGAAUUCGUUCAGGAGAAUGUUGCUGGCAUCACAACCCCGAAAGGCAACUCACGCGGCUCGGCCACAUCAAACGGCCACAUGCUCGACCCAAACGAGUUCUCCCGCAGCCCGCCACCGUCGUCUCGGAGCGGUGGUGGUCGUGGUGGGAGAACGCCGGUCAGAGGUCCGCCGCGUGGGCCCUUUCAUGCCUCCUCGCUCGACCGCAACUCUCCCCGGGGGCUAACUCCAUCACCCAACCCGGCACGCCCAAUCGACCCAGACUCGUUCUCACGGCCUACGCCGGCAGGUCGUGCUAUGAGAGGCGGCAGACGAAGACUAUGGGAGCCAGCCUAGUGAAACACGGGCCUCGUCGACGUAUUAUCGACCUGCCUCGCCCUAUGUCCUGAUACCGAACCAUGUGUCUCCACGAGCACGCGCAAACUUUUUCUUUGGGCUUUCGAACUGGGGAAUCUGCCGGCUUUG